CAUAUUAGCAGUAGCAGAGCAGAAGUAGGGUUAGGAACGUUUGUAUUUAUCAAUUUCAGCAGAGUAUCUACAAUUAUAUUGGUAGACAUGGGCACUCUCACUACGAAAUUUUGUAAAAGACUUCAAAGAACUAUAUGUUACCUGCCUUCAUGCAAUGUCAACGAACAUGUAUCAAGAACGUGCAAGAAUGUUAUUUUGAGAAACCAGUUAAGCACUCCUUCCACAAUACACAGGCACCGAGUGCCCUUAAGAUUUUAUUCCAAUUAUGGCUCACCCAGGAAACUACCUGUAAACCUAGCAAGAAGAGACACUACGAAAGAAUCUAUCUCCCGUAUUCAGAUGCUGGGUUUGGCAGAAAGUGAAUUGUCUAAACCUGAACUUUUUAAUGUUCCUCUUGGUGUUAUUGAACAACGCCUUCAAUACUGUGUUGAAGGUGGCAUUAAGUGUAGUAGUGCAUGUAUUACCAGAUUUAAUCACAUUAUUGGUAGUACAGUUCCAGUGUUAAGGAGCGCUGGGUUCAUUACUGAGAAGACAGAUGUAGUUCAGAGAAUGAUGUCUAGUAUAAAGUUUGUUGGACCACUCCUACCUUCAAUCGAUGCAGAUCUCACUUUCUGUGAAAUCCACUUCAAAGUUCUGAAUCACUGUAUGGAAUAUGAGUAUGGCUACUCUUUUCCAAAUUGGGCCCGUUAUCAAGAGGCGCCUGUCGUUUAUGCUCACCGUAAUAUGGUCUCUGUAAAAGAGGCUGGUUUGAGUUGGUCAUGGAUACGUAAUCAUCCCUCCUUGCUUUGCUUUGCAAACCCCCACAAUUUGUUUAAACUUUUUCAACUGGACAGAAACUAUGAACUACCAUACUCAGUGCCAAAUAUUGUACGAAAGGAUUCAGACAUUGCCUUUGUACCAUAUGAAGAUUUGAAAGCCAUAUUUUUUAUCCUUAAGAAAUAUAACGUGUGCAGUCAUGACAUGUUACGGGUUGGAAAAAUGGAACAUUUUUUAAUCAAUCCCGAUUAUUUAGACAGAUUAUUCCAAAAAAUAGAUACUGAGCCAAGACCUGAUAAAAAUAAUCUUAUGUUGCUUUACAAGCAAAGUUAUUUAAAAAGUGAGAAAAAGAGGACAGAAGAUCACUUGGAAAAAUUAAUUUCUAAGCAAUGCAAUCCCUAUACAAAUCUAUCAAACUGCAAAGAGGGAUCAUGGCAACAUGAAAUGAAACUUUGGUUAGAAUGUGGUAACUCCUCUUUGGAAUUAAAUCCAUGUCAGCACAAACCUUUCGGCGCUACCUCUUCAGAAGAUUACCUACAAGAUUACAGUGAUGUUUCGUAUUCAGUCGACGAAAUAAAAGUGGAACUAAAGAAUAAAAAGAAAUCAACAAAGUUGCCAUUUCUGUUAGCAGAUGAACUGAACUUACCUAUUCAACAAGUCAAAACAGAACUCGCUCGCCUACCAUUAGCUCUGACUAUUGAAGCAAAGCAUGCUUAUGAAACCUUGAAUUUUCUACUCAGCAAAGGUUUUACAAGACAGGAAAUUGGAGAAACCUUGCAGCUACUGUUGUAUAAGAAGGAUGUUGUAGAAGAAGUAUUAGAAGAACACAUUUUCCCUGAUAAAGAACUUGAGUCGGAGACCUAUAGAGAGAGACGUUUACAUGUCUGUCUGUAUCACAUUCUGGUUAAAUACAAUUUCAAUUUAUGUACUAACUGAGAUAGCUGUUUGUAAUAAACUGUACAUAAAAUAGA